UCCCCCCUCCCCCGCGCCUCCUCUCCCGCAUCCCUCCAUCCCUCUGCCGCAGCCGCAUCGCCACCGCAGCCCUGGUACAGCCAAGCCCGGCCCAGGCCCCUGAUCCUAUCCCUGUUCCGGCCAGGCUCGGUCUCCUACCCCCUCCCCUGGGGAACCCAGGUGGCUCAGGUACCCCUCUAGUCUCCAGGUUCCGGGGAACCCCUGCGCCCCCGGCCCGUGGCCCCUCACAGCUUAGGCAGGAGGGAGAGACAAGGAAGAGGAGGAGGAGCCGCCGCAAGAUGAAGGAUCGGACCCAGGAGCUGCGGAGUGCGAAAGACAGUGAUGAUGAAGAGGAGGUGGUACAUGUGGACCGAGAUCAUUUCAUGGAUGAGUUCUUUGAACAGGUAGAAGAGAUCCGAGGCUGUAUUGAGAAGCUAUCUGAGGAUGUGGAGCAGGUGAAGAAACAGCACAGUGCCAUCUUGGCUGCCCCCAAUCCCGAUGAAAAGACCAAACAGGAGCUGGAAGACCUGACUGCAGACAUUAAGAAGACGGCCAACAAGGUUCGAUCCAAGUUGAAAGCGAUCGAACAAAGUAUUGAGCAGGAGGAAGGACUCAACCGCUCUUCGGCUGACCUUCGUAUCAGAAAGACUCAGCACUCCACACUGUCCCGGAAGUUCGUGGAGGUGAUGACUGAAUAUAACGCAACGCAGUCCAAGUACCGAGACCGAUGCAAGGACCGGAUUCAGCGACAACUCGAGAUCACUGGAAGGACCACAACCAAUGAGGAACUGGAAGACAUGCUAGAGAGUGGAAAGCUGGCCAUCUUCACGGAUGAUAUCAAGAUGGACUCACAGAUGACCAAGCAGGCUCUGAAUGAGAUUGAGACAAGGCACAAUGAGAUCAUCAAACUGGAGACCAGCAUCCGGGAGCUGCAUGACAUGUUUGUAGACAUGGCCAUGCUUGUGGAAAGCCAGGGGGAGAUGAUUGACCGAAUUGAGUAUAACGUGGAACACUCUGUGGACUACGUGGAGCGGGCUGUGUCCGACACCAAGAAAGCCGUGAAAUAUCAGAGCAAGGCCCGGAGGAAGAAAAUCAUGAUCAUCAUCUGCUGUGUGGUGCUGGGGGUGGUGCUUGCGUCGUCCAUUGGGGGGGACGCUGGGCUUGUAGACCUGUCCCCUCACUUUCCCCUCAUCUUCUCAAGACCCUCUCACCAGAAUGGGAGCAAUACCCCUCCCCUCAUCCAUCCAUCCAUCCCCCGGCUUCCCCUAGCCCGCCCCCCUUCUUCCACUCCAGUCUCAGCCCCUAAGAUUGGAUACAGGCAGUCCCCUCCCCCCUCCCACCCAUAAUGUGGACCUGAGCAAUCCCCUCCCCACCCUACCAUGACCCUAAAGUGGGACUCCCGUGUCCCAUGCCCCCUCUCCGCAUGUAGAUUACAGCAGGCAUGAGCCCUCACCACCUGCCUCUCCCCACACAGGCCUAGCACCAUGGGGGCCCACGUGCUGGCGAUGUGUAGGGUGGGCACAUGUGUGCUCGGGUGUGCGUGCACGCUGGAUCCCCCCCCACUCCCUUCCCCCAUUGCCCUGUCCCACGUGUCUGCCUGUGGCCUGAGCUGUUGUAUACAUUGUGGCCGAGUGUGUCCCUUCAUCAGUCCCCACUGUGUGCAUCCAAUCCAGAUUGUAGGGGCUCUGAUAGUGGGAGAAGGUGCGGGUAUAUAUGUGGAUCUGUAUGCAUACUAACCGACGCGGCGCUGACCAAGUUUGUCUGAGGGACAGCUUCCACAUCCACACACACAUGCACGCACACACGCUGGUCUGUAUGCUCAUAAAUUGUAGAUGACUUUCUGUGAUGUGAAUAUCCACCCUCACCCAGUCUAUUCACCCAAGAUGUAUAUAGAUCAUAGGUCAGGGCGUGUGUGUGCUUGGAUACACACAUGGAGGUGUAAAUAAUGUGACUUGGUAUGUAUAUAGAGAUAUGCUCAUUUCUUCCUAGCCAUGUGUAGGCAGCCAUGUGUACACAUACACCUUCUUGCUCUGUUUAUCCACACAGUAUGUAGAUACCUUUUGUGUUUGCUAUAUUGCCAGUCUUUGUUUAAGCCGUAUGGAAAUUCACACACACACACACACACACACACACACACACACACACACACGCAAAUAUUCCUCUCUACUAGAUGUAUAUAAAUUACCUUUGCAUGUGUGUGCGCACGUAUGUGUGUGCAUACUCCCACACACAGUUACCUCCAGGAGGUGUGUGUGGAGUAUGGUUGUAUGUUACCCCCAGGCAGAGCCCACCAUACUGUGUAUAUAACAUCUGUUUGUGUGGGCACAGAGAUAUAUAUUUCUAUGACAUAUCUAUACAUAUUUGCGUGUGUGUAUGUGUGUACAUGUGACUACAUGGUGUGUAUAUAACCUGUUACGUAUUACAUACACACAUAUAUUUAUCAGCACAGCUGUGUAUCCUGUAUGGGUUUGUGUGCAUCUGUGUUUAUCUGAGAUCAUUUCCCGCCCUCCUCCUCCCCCUCCAGUCUGUACAAGUUCUCGUGGAGAUGCAGGCACAGACACAGAGUCACUCAAAUAUUGUGCAACCAGGCAUUUUGCCACAAGAUUGUGGAUCCUUCAUAUACACACAACCAGAUUGCUAUCUGCACCGUUUCUGCCUCUAGCCUUCAUGUUGGUGCAUACGAGGCCCUGACACCCCAAAGCUGGCAGGGGCCUCACCUGGGUGGCCACAUAACACAUACACACGUGCUCACAUAUGCAUGUACACAAAUGUGCACACACAUGCCUCAUUUGUCCGAGAGAACCUGGGGGAAAUGAUGGGUGUGCAUUUGACAUACCUCCUGGAGCCUGACAGAAUGCAGGGGGUUAGGCAGCCAAAGGCCUGGAAGCAGGAUUUCUUUCUGUCCCGGAGGCCCAGUUUCUCCCAUGCCCUCUGCUUUAGUCUUCUAGGCCCAAUACCCGUCUUUCUCCCAACUGUGUGAUCCUGUUACUGCUGGCUCCCGUACUUAUUCCUUCUCUGCCUCAGUAACAUGGGCCUUGGCUGCCAGCCAUAGCAGAACUCAACAUGCCCUGAGAUGCACCCAGCCUACGCUCGAGCUCCAUAGUUAGUUUUUGAGACAUGAAACUAUUAAUUAGUUACUUUAUUUUGCUAUGUAUUUGUCUCAGUUGCAUCAGGACUACCACAUUUCCUUGUGUAUCAACUGCCUUUGUUCUAAGGCCAUGUCUGGAGCAUAAAAUGGUUCAUACAAGGGUUGGGCAUUCCUCUUCUCCCCCUACCCCCCUGCUCCCUGAAUGAAGCAGGGGCUGGCCAGGAAGUACAGCUGCUGUAUGGGUAGACUCUUCAUCCUUGUGGUGCAGCUAGGGCAGUGUGGGGGUGAGGAGGAAGGUCUCCCAUGCCUUCACUCAGGGCCUUGUUUAGGUUGGCAUAGCCUGGGAGCUCAUGAGAGUUCAGCCUUGCUCUCCACACCUAGGGGCCCCAUAUUCCUCUCUCUGGUUGGAGAGAGCCAGGCUGGACCUCCCUUAUGGUAGCAAUAAAUAAUUCUCCAGCCAGAAAAGACAUGCCCUCUCAGGGAUGGGCAGCUCUGUGUAUGUGUGUAUGUAGUAUGUGCAUGUGUGUUAAUGUCUUUGUUUCAUGUAUAUCUCAGUACACACACACAUACGCACACAAAUACACACAUACACACAAGCAACAGUUUCCAGGGGCCUCCUUUGGGCCACUGGUUGAAUUAUGUACCAGACAUAGAUGAUGUUGGAAUGCCUUCUCCCAGGCUGUAGGUAUCAUCUCCAUGUUCAGAUAUGUGUCUGUUUCAUUUGCACACCUACCAACAUGGUUGGAUAUAUGCCAAUAUGCACACACACAACCCUUGGAUCACCAAUGUCAUCACAUUGACAUAAUUCCUCCAUCUCCCUCCUUCUCUACUCCAUCUCUUAAGCAUACGUAUAUGCUCCUGCACAUACCAGCCUUCAUGAGUCUGUCCUCAGGGUGUGGCUAAUUAGGGAUUUUUAGGCCUAGCUGAUCCCAUAUGGAACAUACACUAGAGGUGAAGUUGACAUGUAAGUGAACUUCCCACAUUCUACAACCUCUUUCUCGUGUGUAUGUGCAUCACACACCCCCUUGGUCAGAUCAGGUGUGUUCUUAUAUGUAGGUAAUGGCUGUGGUUGCUGUGCCUGUUUCAGAGUGGUUGCCUACAAGAAAGUUAUUUCUCCUGCCCUGGCCAGUAGAGGCCUCUCUGUUUCCAGGAAAAGGCAAGCCAGCUUCUCAGAACAGAAAGUAUUUACUAUCUAAGUAUUUGCUCAGAACAGAAAGUUUUUGCUAUCCUUUCCUCCCAUUCCUGUCUCUUUCUAAUCUCUUUGGCUGAGGCCUUUGUGGAAACCUAAUAACCAAAACUCUUUUCUGGUGGGGAGCCACUCAGCCCUCACAUCCUUCACCCUUCCAGACUUAGACUGUUUCCCACAGCCCUUCUGCUCUACCAUCACCCAUCCUCAGGUCCCCUCAGCCCCUGCUGAAGUCCUCAAACCAGGAAGCCCAGACCAGCCUAGGAUAAAGGCCAAUAAUGCAAAAACAGACAGACUACUCCCCACCCAUCUGCACAGACACACAUACAUUAACACAUAUAAAAAGGAAUCUUGGUGUAGUGGAAAGAAUCCUGGAAUGAGCAUUCAGGAAACCUAGGUCCUAGUCUUUGUUCUGCCUCUCAGUGUACAUGACUUUGGCCGUGUCUCUUUCCUUGUCCUUCUCUGGGCUUCAGCUUCCUUCUUUAAAAAUGACAGUGAUAGACUAGAUGAUCUAAGGUCUUUUCAAAUUCUGACAUUCUGUGAUUUUUACACAUACACAUAUGUAAACACACACAUAUUUUCUUGCCCACUCUGUGUUCAGAGACAGCUCCCACAGGGUGCCAAUUCUACAUCACUUCACCCUGUGCUGUCUACAUGGUAGAUAUGCCCACAUGCCCAUCCUGUGUUUGACAAUUGUCCCCAUUUCUGUUUCUUCCCCCUUCUCCCCCCCCAUCUAACCUCUGAGAAUCCCAUCAGAACUCCUUUCACUGUUUGGGUCUUCCUGUGUUCUGGGAUGUUAUGCCCCAGUGAUCCCACUACCUCCCCCAGCAAAUCUUGUCUCCUUCACCCUGGGGUUUCUGUCCUUGGUUCCCGGGGGUGAGUGAUAGAGACACAUCCAGGAGUCAUCAGAGGCAUGUGUUCAUACACGCUAUGCUGCUUGUGCCUGUGUGUGUUCAGAUGUCUUGUCUGGGUGCAGAUGUGUUUGCAUGUACAUGGAAAGGUGUGCACAGCUGUCCACACAAAAGAAUACCCCCAGGGUAUGUGGGCAUCAGCUGUAUCUCCCUAAGUCGAAAGCCCUCCAUGGAUCCUGUCCACAUGUAUCCACGAGUUCAGGCUGGCCUGGGGGUGGGAUGGAGGGGGUAGCCAGGGGCACCUCUCCCCUUCCCUUCCACCCCCCCCCCCGUUCUGCCUCUCACUAAGCACACUGUGUGUACAUCCCAUGUGCCCGUGGGUCUCUACACACGCUCCCAGCGCGCUCCAAGCGUGUACACUAUGUGUCUAUGCAUUACCCCAUCCUUCCCCAUCCAGCUCUCCCCUCUGCCUCCCCAACCCUCCUCCAGCCUGACCCGCAUCGAAGGACACGAUGGAUGGACGGCCCCAGGCUCUCCCCAGCACUCCCCUCUCCGCUGUGCAGCCGUGUGUGUUGGCGUGUCGCGUGAUGUAGCCGUGUUUGCUGACAUGAGCCCUUGCCCUCCCCCCCCCGCCUCCGUUUCUCCCAUUGGUUUCUAGAGUUCCUCGCAUCCUCCGUCCAUCCCCACCUCCCCACCCUCCCUUGCCCCCGCAGAGCGAGGACAGGGUGCCUGGGACGCCGGGGGUUGGGACC